AUGGCUGAUCACGCUGUUUACCUUGGCGUUCAGCGGCUUGUUAAAGCGGAAGAGGGGGAAAGCGCAGCGGAAAAUACAAAUGAAGAGGAAGAGCGCUCAGACAGGGCGAAGCAGCCAUGUACGCGCUGUGCGGCGAAGAGUGAAGGGGAUGCAGGGAGGGCCUUCUUCCCUAACAGCCCCUUUCUCGGAUCUGUUGCUGCGGAGGUCCUCAACCAAUUCGUCAUAGACAGUGCCUCUCUAAGAACGGACGCAGCGACUUCCGACUCCGCAGCGAACAGGAGGGCGUCCUCCUGCUGCAGCCAAACGCAGGGGACUGCCUCGGCAUCCUCGGCAGACGAGGCUUUGCCGCCCGCCUGCCCCUCUCCCACUCUGCGGGAAAGGGGAGCGGAGGCUUUGCCCAUCGGCAGCGGGGCGAAGCCUUCGCUGGAGGCUCCCGGGAAAGACACGGCGCUGGCUCUGGCGGCUCUGAACUCGUCGACGCCGCUUGGGGGCCUGCCUCCCACUGCAGCAGCUGCUGCUGCUCCCCACGACGCUGCCGCUGCUUCCUGCAAGGGCGGCGCCGGCGAGAAGGGCCCUCUCGAGGCGACGCAGGCAGUCUUGGCGGAGCUGAUGGAGGGGCUCCGACUGGGAUGCAGCAGCAGUACCCAGGAGGGGGCAAUCCAGGGGCCCUCCUCUUCCGCCGCUGCCUCCGUCGCCGCUCAUUUGGUGAAGAUCAGGAAGGCGCAGACCAUGGCAGAGUUGAGCUCCUACAUCGCCGUCUUCCAGGGGGCCCUCCCAGCCGUUUGCGGAGGGGGCCCCCUCACUGCCAGCAAGUGCGAGGCCCUCCUGAGAGCCUUGGACCUUGUCUGCGCAUCGCCUCCGUCUGCACUCGUCGCGAGCAGCGGCAACGGCAACGGCGUCUGCCCGCCUCCGCCGCAGGGGCCCCUAGGGGCCCCUGCGGCGGAGGCGGGCACCAUGCGGUAUCCCCCUGACGGCUUAGAGGCUCAGCAGCUCAUGUGCUUCAGGCUGCUGGAGGCUCUAAGUGUCUUGCACUCCUCGUUUGGGCAGCGGGGGAGAGCCGCGUCUCCGCAAAGUGCGUCGCCUGUGUACGCGUACCACCAGGGAGUUAUUUUAGCGGCAAAAGCCUCGCGUCAGUUAUUCGUUUACCUGCAUGUCGUCUUGGGGAAACUGCUGCUGCACGCUGUGCAUGCGGUCCCUUCGUUGCUGCUGGCGGCUGCGACUGAGGGGGCCCUCGUGGUGCCAGCCGAGAGGCCGCUGACCCUCCUGAGGGGGGCCCCCCCACAGGCUAUCGAAGAGGCCUUUGCUGCGCUGCAGACACUCUACGAGGCAGCGAAUCCGGGGGCCCCUUCUGCUCGCACUAGCCAGCGAACUGCGGCUGCAGACGCAGCAAGAACCGAGGGUCCUGCUGCUGCUGCUGCUGCCGCAGCUGCCGCUGCAGGGGGCCUCCGCAGCAGACGCCUGGGGGAUGUCGCCAGGAGCCAAGGGGGAGCGGAUGCAGCAGCAGCCUCCGCGACUGCAACUCCCGUGCCGUCUCUUUUGUGCAGCCCCACAAUCCGCUUUCUUGGAUCUUCCGAGCAGGAAGGGGGCUUAGAGGGGUACGCAGUGCGAGGCUUCCCGGGAGGCACCGGUCUAGAGCCCGUCUGUGGGCCCCCCCUGCCACCCGCAGCCAAGGGGGGGGCCCCCCCGGGGGGCGCCCCCCCUCUGAGUCUGCAGAGCGGCGCUGCAGCAGCGAAGGGGCCCGCUGCCUUCUCGCUCUCCGGCCUCCUAGAGUCCCCUCUGGGGGCCCUCAAGGAGGAGCCUGGGGGCCCCCUCGCCUCCCCCGCCGCGAGCUCUCUGUGGGGGCCCCUCGGAUCCUUGGCGUCUUCGCCGGAAGCCUCGAACUUCGCGGAGCCUUUGGAGCCGGCGUGCUGCUCCUCUUCGGGGCCUCCUGGGGGCCCCCCGUCCCCUUCUGGGGGCCCUAAUGUGUCGUUCGACGCGACGCACAACCGCUGGAUUGCGUUUUGGAGGUCGCAGGGGCGAAGCCACAGCAAGAGCUUCAGCUGCGCGAAGUACGGGGGUCGGGAGGCGGCGAGACUGCAGGCUCUUGGGUUCAGGAGACAGCUGCAGGAGACGGCUGCGGGAGAGGGGUGCGCGGGAGCCUCGGCUGCAGCGACGGACAUACAGAGCGUCCUCGCCGGGCUGAAUAUGUGCCAGAGCCAAAAGGACGCUCUCGCCGCUCUUCAGCAGCCGCUGCUGCUGCGGCAGAGCGGGGGGGGGGGGGGGCCCCAGAGCUUCCUGGGGGCCCUUGGGGGGAGUGCCAUGUGCCCUGGAGUCGAUCCACGAGACGCGGCGCACAGCGGCCUUUCUGGAGAAGAGGCCUUAAAGGCUCUCUCGCUUCUGCAGGAGCUGCGGAGUGGCAGUACAGGCCCCACGACUGCGGGGGGGGGGGCCCCCCCCCGCAAGCCGAAGGCGAAGCGAGUGGGAGGAGGAGGAGUCACCCGAGUGGACGGGGGCGGGGUGCCCGUACGCCAGUGGGCAGUUAUGGGCAGGGGCCCCACUGGGAGGACCCGCACCUCAAGUGCGCGGGCGAAAAGUGCUCCGAAUACUCCUGGGGGGCCCCGUAGGUUGGAUGGCGUUGGUGUUGCUGCAGCGGAAGAGUUGCGCUGUCUGGGUCGGAACACCAGCAGCAGUGGCGCUAGCAGCGGCUACGGCACGGAGGCGCCUGCGCUCCCGUCGCCUUUGCAGGGGGCUGAGUCUCAGUGGCAGAUGCGGCUUCGUGUCGUGUCUGGGAGUAUCACUUUUGACAGGAGCCAGAACCGCUUCAUGGCGCAGUGGAAGACUAGCGACGGCUGCAAGCACAGCAAAUCGUUCUACAUCAAGAACUUCAGCAGCGUGGAGGAGGCACAACUGAACGCUCUGAGAUUCAAAGAGAAUCUUCUUGCGGAGCGAGACAGCGAGCGGUCCGCAGCAGCAGCGGGAAUUGCGGCGGCAGCAGCCCAGUCCUCUGCCAGGGGAGGAGGCAAGCACAGGUCGAAUGACGGGGGCCCUCACGGCGGGGGGGGGGCCCCUGCCAUGCAUGAAGCUCUCGAGUGCAUCCUUUCCCGCUCCAUUCAGUCUUGUCUAGAAGAGGAGGCAGCAGAUGGAAGCACCCUAGACAAGUCCAUGGUAGGGGGGUCCUCCUCCCUCGUGGAUUCCAUCAAAGCCGCAGUUGCUGCUGCCGCAGCGAGCGCGACAGAGACGGAUGAAAACUGUGCAGGGCCGUCUCAAGCUCUAAGUGCGAGCAUGUGGGAGGAGGCAGGGGGGGGAUCAUCCACUAAGGAGAGUGGAGGGCCCUCACAACACGCGGGAGGGGGGUCUUGCAAUGGCAGCAAGAUAUCGCCGCAGGGGAUCAGUGCAAAGCGGUGCAGGCAGCAGGCAGUUGCCGCUGCUACUGCUGCGGCGGCGGCAGCGGCUCCCUCCUCCUUUGCUCCCUCUCCAGAACCCCAUUACAAAAGGUUGAAGCACUUGUUGAGUGCUGCAGUUGCGCCUUCCUCGCCUUCCUGCAACAUGCCAACGCUGUUAGCCAGGGGAAGAGAAGGAGAAGCUCCCAAAGUUGCUCCCGCCAGCGUCGUCGGGCUGCAGCAACAGGCUUCUCUCCAGGACGCUGCAGCAGCAGGAGCAGGAGGGAUUGGGGGUUGCGAGGCAUCCUUGCGGGGACCCUUCCUACUUCUUGACUCUGAGAGUGUUUACGGCUCCCUGUCAAACAAACUGAAAAGCAAUUCUACCUACCCUCCGUCACAAGUAGCUACGCAGUACCAACUAGCGUGGACCCUACAGCUCUACACCCCCUAUAGGGGGGACCCCACGUAG